GGAAACAAAACGAUCAAUCAUUUUCUUCGCAGUUGGCGCAAUUAGUUUAUCCUCUGAAGCAACAAGCCAGAAAGCAAACGUGCUGCAGUGUAACAAAAGAAGCAGCAGGAUAACGAAGGCCACCCGCGACUUCCUCGAGGUGGUCAACAAGCUGCGACGACGACGACACGCGGGCCCCGUGUCGUGGUCGGCUGCCGUCAAGUUCCUGGCCGCCAGAAAAUUCGACGUGGGUCGCGCGGUGACCCUGUACGAGGCCCACGAGGCCACCAGGCACCGCGAGGGCCUCUCACAAUUCAACCCCCUGCAGGACCCUCUCGGCAAAGAGCUCAGCACCGGCAAGUUUACAGUCUUGCCGACCCGAGAUGAGACUGGCGCCGCGAUUGCUGUUUUCACAGCCAGACUGCAUGACCCGGGCACAAGCACGCACCAAUGCACACUGCAGGGGGUCGUUUAUCAAUUGGACGUGGCCCUCGAGAGUGCCGAGACGCAACGCUGCGGCCUGGUCUUCGUCUACGACAUGACUGGCUCCAAAUACUCGCACUUUGACUACGAGCUCAGCCAGAAAAUUCUGACCCUGCUCAAAGGAGGCUACCCGGCCCGCCUCAAGAAGGUCCUGAUCGUGACGGCACCCCUCUGGUUCAAGGCGCCCUUCAAGAUCCUCCGGCUGUUUGUCAGAGAGAAACUUCGAGACAGGGUCUACACAGUCAGCGUACCACAGCUCACUGCACACAUUCCCCGGCACGCACUCCCGCGCUCCCUGGGCGGAUCCUUGGCAGUAGAUCAUGCGGCGUGGUUGCGGCUCUGCCUCAAGUCUAUGACCAACCGGCACGACAAUGACCUGGCGCCGACCGCUCCUGCAACUCAAGCGACACUAGACUCGGCAAACCUGGGUGAGCGGAUGGGCAGCCCUGCUGGCGGGGCGGUGUCCGAGCUCGCGGUCGAUCAACAAACCGUCCCCUCGAUGACCCUGAAGAAUGGGCAGCCAGACGACGAGGAUGACGUCGUCCUGGACGAAAUCACGCCGCGCGACCUGCACAACGGAAACGAUUCGUGCUGGAACGGCAGCAGCGCCGAGGCGCUGUCGUCGCCGGCGCCACCUGCCUCCUCUUCAGCCAGCAGUGGCUUUUCUGACGACGACAGUUUGCACGGAGGCGCAGACGAUGCUCGCGGACAGGAUCUCGAGCAGUUUGUCCAAAUGGUCCAAAGCAAAGGACGCACUGGCCUCAGACUUGAGUACACUGACAUCAGGAGCAAACCGCCUGAUGGCACUUUUAACCAUGCCAAACUACGCAACAACCUGCCCAAAAACCGAUACACGGAUGUGCUUUGCUUUGACCACUCCCGAGUCAUCCUUUCCCAGUCUGACCCCAAUGACCCCACUUCAGACUAUAUUAAUGCCAACUUCGUGGAUGGCUACAAGCAAAAGAAUGCUUUCAUUUCAACGCAAGGUCCUUUGCCAAAGACAUUUGAAGACUUCUGGCGGAUGGUGUGGGAGCAGCACGUCCUGGUUGUCGUGAUGACGACUCGUGUUGUGGAGCGUGGCAGGACCAAGUGUGGCCAGUACUGGCCUGCCGAAGAAGGUGGAAAAGACACGCACGGCGAUUUCCAAGUCACAACCCAAGCUGUUGAGCAACUCGGGGACUACACUCGCUUCAAAAUCUUCAUCACCAACACCAAGACGGACGAGACUAGAGAAUUGUGCCACUUCCAGUUCCUGGCUUGGCCUGACUAUGGUGUUCCUGAUACGGCCACGGCCAUGCUCAGUUUCCUCAACACAGUCAGAAAUGAACAAAGCAAGAUGGUGGCCGACCUGGGCGAUACUUGGGCCGGACACCCUAGAGGCCCUCCAAUUAUUGUCCACUGCAGUGCUGGAAUCGGCAGAACUGGAACUUUUUGUACCUUGGAUAUUUGCAUAAGUCGACUGGAAGACGCCGGGUCGGUGGACGUGCGUGGAACUGUGGAAAAAAUCCGCUCUCAGCGAGCCUACAGCAUACAAAUGCCAGACCAAUACGUUUUCUGCCACCUGGCGCUGCUCGAGCACGCCAUCAGCAAAAAUCUCAUCAACGGCAUUGACCUUAGUGAAUUCCACGACCCGCCCAGCUCAGACUCGGACUAAAUUAACCAGUCGGAAAAGUGCGUGAAAAGACGCUUUCUCCCUAUAUCGUAAUAAUUUAUUCGUCAUUUUAGCUGCGAAAGAAGUGAAACUUGCGAGUGAUAUUUACGGAUAACAAGCCAAUCUAGAUUGUAAACAGAAAAAAACAACACUUGAAGGCAUAAUAUAUGAGAAAAAUAAUAUGUAAAAUGUACAAUACUUGUAGUUUCGUCAGUCUUUUGUACAAAUGGUUUUUUAAUUGAUCUUUCAAACUUUCGAACAAUAAGUGCAAUACAUACAAAAUGUGAGAUUUCUGCUAAAAAGUUAAUAAGUUGGGCUCCAAGAUUUCACUGGAGGGACUUUUUUUCGAGAUUCUGAUGUCGGCUCCAAAAGUGGUCACUCCUUCACAUAAAUUAUAUUUUAAAUCAAAACGGCAUAGAUUCCAAAGUUCCAGGGGUGGCCCUUGAGAAUUACAUUAGAUUGGCGCGGAGCUUCCUUGAGCAUGGUCUUAUUAGUCGUAUGUACAAUGAUUGUGAGAUGAAAAAUUCAACCAUGCUUUUCCCUGAGAAUCUGUAUAAAAGCGAAAUAAUAUGUCUGUUUAUUUUGGUAUCUGUAGCAAAAUAUUGGGAAUGAUGAUACUAUCAUAUCAAUUAAUAUUUUGAAUCAAAUACAUGAAAAUAGAGUAAAGAAUCGACGAAAUAAAAGGCAGUGGUACCCAACGCAAUUGAUGGAUAAAAAUGUUUUAAAACAAUAAUGCUGCGUCAGGCUCAGUGGCAAUUUUAGGAGCUCUUAAUAAUCCGUGAUUGGGUCUCACUGAGCAGGGUAUACUGAUCGACACAUGCACUAGGGACAGAUGGGGUUUGUGAUAAAACUGCUGUCAUUUCAAAAUAAAAAAAGAGGAUAAUAUUUAAUGCAGUUCCCACUUCGGUUCAUAUAAAAAGAGAUCUGUUCCGCUGAAAUAUAGCAGCAGGAAACGUUGGUGGCAAUUGCACAGGUAAAAAAAAUGUACUCCAAGUCAAAGAAGAAGUGAGGAUCCUAUAAUUUUAAACUGAAGCAAAAGAGGUGUUCAUUUCAGGAGAAUUUUAGUCAUUGAAUGGAAUUAAAACAGAUUGAUUAAAUUCUGAAUUUUAAUCUUUUGUCAAGUACGUGAUUAUAAAAUUCAUGUUUUGGUUGCUGUAAUAUGUGCAGAGAAAAUUUUAAACCAGUUACUUCUUCUUUCCUUUUUCUACAAAGUGUAAAUGUUAUAUACAUAUGCAUAUUAUUGUAAUUAAAAAAAAAAAACACGGCAUUAAGUGCAGUAUGUAUUCACAAUGUGUUUCUUCAGUCAUCUGUGAACUUCUUUAUUAUUUUCAGUUGCUGUUGCUGUUCAUAAUAAAAAAAACAAUAAACUUUCAAAACAUCUUCGGAAUU